UUUGAUCCAGCCAAUCGUGUGAUACUUUCAUGGCAUAACAUUAAUGCAUUUGUAAAACCAAAAAAGAAGAAAUUGUGGAGUUUUAGGAACAAGUACUACAUCAAUGAACACAAGCAGAUUCUCCGAGAUGUUAGUGGCGAAGUCCGACCCGGACACUUACUGGCCAUCAUGGGUGCCAGUGGAGCCGGGAAGACCACCCUCCUCAACACCUUGACGGGCCGGAAUUUGAGGAGGUUGGAAGUAAAUGGUGAAGUCCUCAUCAAUGGUGAAAAUGUUGGACAGCAUAUGGCCAGACUCUCCGCUUAUGUCCAGCAGGAUGAUCUUUUCAUCGGAACACUAACCGUUCGAGAACAUCUGGUUUUCCAGGCUCUUCUAAGAAUGGAUCAACACCUGAACUACCACGAGAGAAUGAAACGAGUAGGUGAAGCCAUUUUGGAAUUAGGUCUGACCAAAUGUGUGGACACUACGAUUGGAGUAGCAGGUACCAAGAAAGGGAUAUCUGGAGGAGAAGCCAAAAGAUUAGCCUUUGCUGCAGAGGUACUCACCAACCCAGCUCUUAUGUUCUGCGACGAACCCACAUCAGGCUUGGAUUCCUUUAUGUCUCAAAGUAUCAUCUCCGUGCUCAGGAACAUGGCAGGCGGAGGAAGAACCAUCGUCUGCACCAUCCACCAGCCAUCUUCAGAAGUGUUCGAAAUGUUCGAUCAGCUCCUCCUCCUUGCCGAAGGCAAGGUGGCCUAUUUGGGGAAAGCGUCCAAGGCGGUGGAGUUCUUCAACAGGGCUGGCCUUUGCUGUCCGGUCAACUACAAUCCGUCUGAUUUCUUCAUUCAUAAUUUAGCCAUCGUACCGGGCAAAGAGGAGGAAUGCAAAAGUAAAGUUGAGUCUAUUUGCUCUCAGUUUGAAAAGGAAAGGUGUCUCCGUCUGUUUUUGCCACCCUCACCUGUUUGUUCUUUCAUUCCUGGUGAAAUUACUUACAAAUCGAAGUACAAAGCGUCGUGGUGCAGUCAGUUCUACGCGCUACUUUGGAGAUGUUGGAUCAGUAUGAUUCGAGAACCUAUGCUCGCCAAAGUCCGAUUCGUGCAGACCCUCGUGGUUUCAUUGCUGCUGGGGCUGAUCUAUUUAAACCAGGCGUAUGACCAGAAUGGUAUCAUGAACUUAAACGGUGCUCUUUUCCUUGCUCUGACUAACAUCACCUUUCAUAACCUGUUUUCUGUAAUCAACACAUUUUGCUUAGAAAAACCCAUUUUCUUGCGAGAACAUUGGAAUGGAAUGUACAGAGCCGAUGUUUACUUUUUAUGCAAGACCAUUGCAGAGGCUCCAUUCAUCAUAUUGAUGACAGCUAUGUUUGUGAGCAUUUUGUACUGGCUUAUUGGUUUGAAUUCGGAUUACAAAGCAUUUUUAACAUGUGUAGCAGUUACUGUUCUGAUAGCAAACACAGCUGCUUCAUUCGGGUAUAUGAUUUCAUGCCUGACGGACUCGGUGAAUGUCGCCAUGAGCAUCAGCACGCCGCUUAUGACUCCCUUGCUUCUGUUUGGAGGGUUCUUUCUGAAUAAUGCGUCCGUUCCAUCCUACUUUUUGGUGAUAAAGUAUCUCUCGUGGUUCUAUUAUGGAAAUGAAGUUUUGUGUAUCAACCAGUGGUCGUCAAUCACUAAUAUAACAUGUUCAGAUAAUCCUAUGGCUCCUUGCAUACGAGAUGGCGAUACUGUGCUUGAUACUUUAAAUUUUAAAAAAGAUCAUUUUCUACGAGACAUUGCUGUCAUUGUCGCGUUGUUCCUGUUCUUCAGGACUUUAGCUUUUAUUGCUCUAUUGAUUAAGUCUAGAAGGAAGACGUGAUAGUGGUACUGCUGUCCUCUACUUGUCAUCAAUUAUCUGCUGACUCAGUGAUACGAUAUUUUUCCAUCCAAGAUGUAUGCUUCUGCAUUUUUUUGAAGCUCAGACUUUGAUCUCAUACGAAGCUUGCAACAAAGAUCUGCUUAAUAG